AUGCGGAUGUGUAUUGAUUAUCGACAGCUGAAUAAAGUUAUAGUCAAGAAUAAGUACCCACUACCGCAUAUUAAUGAUUUGUUUGAUCAGCUUCAAGGUGCUAAGGUGUUCUCGAAUAUUGACCUGAGAUUGGGAUAUCAUCAGUUGAAGAUCCAGGAUUACGACAUUUCGACGAUAGCUUUUAGGACCCGCUAUGGUCACUAUGAGUUUUUGGUAAUGUCCUUUGAGUUAACUAACACCCUAGAAGCCUUUAUGCACUUGAUGAACAACGUGUUUCAACCAUAUCUAGAUUCCUUCAUCAGCAUGUUCAUUGAUGACAUAUUGGCAUAUUCUCAUAGUCGGGAGGAGCAUGAGCAGCACUUGAUGAUCGGGAAUUCCUAUAGAGCGCUGGUCAAACCGGCUACGUUGUGUGGGGCGGAGUAUGGCCAACCAACAACUGUCCAGAAGAUGAAGCAAACUAAAAUGAGGAUGCUGAGAUGGAUGUGCGGGAACACCGGAUUACAAAAAAGGAAUGAAGUUAUCCGGGAGAAGGUGGGCAUGGACUCUAUGGAGGACAAGAUGCAUGGGGCGAGACUUAGAUGGUUCAGGGCAUGUGAAGAGGAGAGGCACAAAUGCACCAGUGAGGAGACGUGA